CUGAUCUCGGAGAACCCCAAGCAACGUCCUUUCGCAUCUCACCCUCUUUAUGGCUGAGGUCACCGACGCUGGUUUUACAGCUCUGGCUCCUCCUUCCUUGGGGAGGGCCAAACCACCAGGGUGACUUUAUGGCUAUAGCCCUGCCAGUCACAGAGAUGCUUUUCCCAAGGCGAAGGGGCUGCUAAUUAAAAGACGAUAAAGAAAUAAUAAUACUUUGGCCCUCUCACCUGGGUGGAAGUUGGGCAGCCAGAGAGGUGGGGUUCUGGACCUCCGCUAAUAAAUAAGGCGCCCCGGUGAGGAUCAGAAGAAGAUGCUCACAGCCCCACCUUCCCUCCUCCCCAGCACCCCCCUGCAAGGGACCAAGGCUUGGAGAGUUGAAGCCAGAAUUUGUCCGGCGAAUACUUCAGGUAUAAAGGCAUCCUCUUCCCCAUGGGCAUCUACUCACCUGAGAGCAUCAGCUUCGCAGAGAACGCCGAAGUGCGGGACGAUGACAUUUUUAUCAUCACCUACCCCAAGUCAGGCACCCAUUGGAUGAUUGAAAUCCUCAGCUUAAUCCUGAAGGACGGAGACCCCUCGUGGAGCCGCUCGGUGCCCAUCUGGAAGCGUUCGCCCUGGUGUGAGGCCGUUGUGGAUGCCUUCAGCCACCCCAACCAGCCCAGCCCCCGCCUCUUGAGUUCCCACCUCCCCAUCCAGCUCUUCAUCAAGGCCUUCUUCACCUCCAAGGCCAAGGUGAUCUACAUGGGCCGGAACCCCCGCGACGUGGCGGUCUCGCUCUAUCACUACUCCAAGAUUGCCAGGCAGCUGAAGGACCCUGGCACGCCUGACCAGUUCCUGAAGAACUUCCUCAAAGGCGAAGUGCCGUUCGGCUCCUGGUUCGACCACAUUAAGGGCUGGAUUCGGAUGCAGGGUAAAGAGAACUUCCUGUUUAUCACCUACGAGGAGCUGCAGCAGGACCUCCAUAGCUCCGUGCAGCGCAUCUGCCAGUUCCUGGGCCGGCCGCUGGGCGAGGAGGCGCUGGAGUCCGUCAUCGCACACUCGGCCUUCGAAGCCAUGAAGGCCAACAACAUGUCCAACUUCUCCCUGCUGCCCCUCAGCAUGCUGGACCAGCGCCAUGGUGCCUUCCUCCGGAAAGGGGUCUGCGGUGACUGGAAGAACCACUUCACGGUGGCGCAGAGUGAAGCCUUCGACCGCGUCUACCGCGAGCAGAUGCACGGGCUGCCGACCUUCCCCUGGGACGUGGACCCCGAGGACGCCUGUCCGAACCCCGACCCCAGUCCCGACCUGAGCCCCAGCCCAGACCAGGCCUCCGAGCCACCCCACCCGUUACCCUGAGAAUAAAACGCAUCACUCCUGCCCCAGC